AUGAACGAUAAUGUGCAUUUAUGUGAUGACUUUUGUGAAGCUACUCGUAAUUGUGACAUCUAUGCAAUGGCAAAUUACUUGAGAAACGGCUUUGAGCUUGAUUCUUAUGACAGUUUUGGAAAACCGCCACUGCAUUACGGUGUCUUAAGUGAGACUACAAGUGCAGGUGGCAAUUUGGAAGUUGUCAAGUUUCUCAUCGCUAAUGGAACAAGUAUAGAUAUAUGUGAUGCGAAUUGCACAACAGCUCUCCACCUAGCAGCUAGAGUUCAAAACGUUUCCAUUUUGAAAUUACUUCUGGCAAAGGGUGCAAACGUUAAGGCUGUUUGCAGGUCUGGUUGCCUACCAAUCGACUUCGCAGAUUUAAAAAGUAACCACUGGAUUGUAAGUUUCAAUCUUUUCAGAGAAAUUAUUUUGCUUUUACAUAACCAUGCAGUAAAUAUAUCGAUCCCGUCAGAAAGAGUGCCGUCGGUCUUGCACAAGGUCAUAAAGAAAUCAGUCAAAAAUAUGUAUUUGUAG